AUGGCAUACACUCGGGAUUUUGUGGACAAGCUCUUCUGGCGCUUGAAAGCGCUGGGGGCGCCUAAGGUGCUCUUGCUGGCCUUGAUCCUGGCCAUAUCCACAGAGAUCCCAUCCAAGAGCUGGGACACAUCAUCUACCUUCCGGUUUGUAGAGGUGUUUGCAGGGCAGGCCGAAGCCACCCGCAUGUUUCGCUUUGCCCAGCUACCAGCAGCCCGUUUGGACAUUGACUAUAUGGAAGCUGAAUAUGCCCGCCAAAACCCAAUGGAUUUACUUUCCGAUGCAGGGAUGGUGAUUGCACUGGUCGUGAUGCUUCGGGGGGACUGGCUAGAGGGUUGGCUGGCACACUUUGGUCUCAAAUGUAGCUCAUGGACAUCAGUAAAUGCUGGAACAAGUUCAAGGUCUCCAUGCUGUGCAAUUGGUAACACUGCCUACUUAAGUGUCCGUGAUGGAAAUUGUCUGGGAAGCAGGACAAUACUCCUGAUGAUGGUAGCAGUAUGCCUCAACGCAGCAGUCCUCUUGGAACAGCCCUUUCAAAGCUACUUCGAGUUCUACCCAAGGUUCAGGGACUUCAUGCAAAUGCUACGGCAUCAUGGGGGGCCAGGGGCUGUCCACAAGGUGUCCUGGUACAUGUACCACUAUGGCCAGGACACUCCGAAGAGGCUCUAUGGGUUCUCGAACUCGAAAACGGUGGGAGAGCUGAACCAAGGCCAACUCCUUGGAUGGUCCAAGAAGAAGAUGGUGUUGAAACAGCAAGGGAAAUCCAAGGAGUUGACUGUCAAGUAUGAUGAUGCUAAUGGCAAACGGAGGUGGAAGGGAAGUAGCUCCUUACGUGAAAGUGAGCACUACCCACCGAAGUUUGGCCUCAAACUUGUUGAGAUGUUUCACUCCAUGGUGGACAACAAACUUGGUAUGCCCCAGCUACCUUCGGUGGUCCCCCCAGCAGAGGAAACAUUCCAGUCAAUGGACUAUGGCGAUAUGUGGGCGGAAGCCCAAAUGGCUUCUGUCUGCCGUUACUUGCGGGCUGGUGUGCACCUCAAUUUGCCAGAAAGCUGGCGAAAUUUGAUGCCUGUGGAGGAAAUUGUGUGCCCUUGGUGCUAUUUCCCCGUCAUGUCGAUUGCUCGGGCUGGUACGGCACAAUCCCUUCUUAGCAAAGCAAUCUCUACGAGUGAGCUUCAGCAUGGUUUGUCUCAUAUCUUCAAUGACCUGGAACAGAACCUUCCAGACACCUUGGAACAACUCCAGGAGCUAGAUGCACAUCUGGCUGAUCUGGCCCAAUCCUUGCAGCAGCUUGCGACUUUGCAGUCCCAGGCUUCGCCACAGCAGGCUCUCAUGGAGGCUGAGACUCUUCCAGCUACGGAUUCCCAGUUGGAUCAUCUUCUGGGCAAUGGUACCCCUUCGGAUGACAGAACUACUCCAGCCCCUGCAUCGCCUGACUCAACAUUACCGUCUUCGGCUUCCCGAUAUGAGGAUGCUGCGCUGAAGCAUCGGGUGCUUGACAUGCUGCAGAAAGGGUUGAUCACGAAUGAUGUUGCCCAGAUCCUCCUGGGAGCUGGGAAGACACCGGUGGCUGUGAAUGGCAAGGGCAAGGGUGGUAUCUCCCCUGCUUCCUCAACUCCUAGUGAAUGUGGUGUUCCUGCCAAAGUUGCAAGCACUGAAACACAAGAAAUUCAGGGGAAUCAGAAUCAGAAUCAGAAGCGCUCCCAUGAAUCCCAGAAUCAAACGGCUCCAGAUGAUGAUGAUGACUUGGAUUCGCUGUUACAGAAGGCCAAGCGGGCCAAGAUGGAUGAACAGGCCAUCAAAGCGAAACUACGUAGACUAUGUGAGUUGAAGAAAGGAGGCAAAUUGCAGGUGCCACAGUGGUUGCAUGACCAAUGGAAGGCAGCUGAUCACUUGGAAAUGGCUCGUGAGCUGGAAGCUUGUGGGUUUGACAAGGAUCGCUUCGUGAAGUACAAGACGAGGACUUUGACGAAGACGGAUAGGACCAAAAGUGAUCUUUCGUCGGGAUGGUACACCAAAGAAGACAUGCAGAAAAUUCUCAAGUGGAAUGCGCGCUGCAAAUAUGGUGGCGAUGAUGAAUACCAUGUUGAUGUCAGAGAAACUGGUUCGCACCAGCAAGAAGAGGCCAAUGAAGAAUCCUUUGUGGAAAAAACCCAGGAGAAUGGGGAAGCAGAGCUGAAGGCUGUCUCCCUCCCGGCAGUUGACCAGAUGCGAGUUCGUGCAAUUGCUGCGAAGACCCCAGCGGUGGCUGCUACCAGUGAGGCCAACAGGGCGAAGGAUGUGUUCCAAAAGUUUGUUGAUUCAGUUCUUCAAAAGUCAGCGAAGAUCAGAUCCCUGGUGGGUGAGUUGCAGCGUGUCUAUCCUGAUGACUCCACUGCACAGAAGGCUGCUUUGACAUUGAACAACGACUUGGCCACCUUGGAUGCUGAAUACAACAAGUUGUCCGAGUGCAUGGCUUCUGGGGAGCGUGAUGGCCAUGAUAAGAAGUGCACCAAAGUGGCCCAAAACGAAGCCAAGAUUCGGAGUGCGAAGCGUCACUUCAAGAAGCCAGAGGUGAACUUAGGAAAUCCCCAAAGUUUACCUCUGGAAGAUAGCCCUGCUGUUGAGAAUGAACUUUCGAGCUCUGUGGUGUCCAAGGGCUUGGUUUUUCAGGAUUCCUACCUACAACAUGAUGACCUUGCAAAGCUCCCCAGGUCAAUGGAUAUGUUUAGGAAGAUCGAAUUGGAUCCCUACAUAUCUUUGAACCUUCCGUCCCCAGGAGCGACGGCCGGCCGGGUUUUACGCCAUAGUGCCUCUGUGUUUGAGGAUUUGCUGAAAAAAAACGAACCAAUGACCUUUAAAUUUGGGAUUACGCAUGAUGCAUGUGUACGAUGGCAUAACCGUGGCUGGGGUUACAAAUACUCCAAAGACAAAUUUGAGAAAAUGGUGGUGGUUUAUGCUGCUGCCAACCCACAUGGACCGGCUUUCUUGGAAGCUGCCAGCUGCAAAAGCCAAAUCUUGACGGCGCAAGCGGUCGCUGCUGAUAUGGGGCAGCAACGGGCUGCCCAAACUGGGGUCGCUAAGUGGGCGUCAAUACAUGUUGGAAAUUCGGAAAGGGAUGCUCACAGGACCAUGAAAAAACAGAAGACAAAGCUGGAUAUCAAAAUUGAAUCAAUUCGAUGCAAUGGGAUAAUGAUUCCUUGGAUUUCCCCAGAAUCAUGGCUUCCAUGGAUUGUCAAGAAGGGAUUGUGGCCGAUGCUUGCUGGCUGCCAGCUUCAUGACUAUGAAGGUGCCCGGAACAACUGGUCUAAGUUCUGGGAGAUGUAUCGGGCUGUGAACCCUGACUUUGAACUGUUUGGCCUUGAAGGUAUAGACCUUUCUCAGACAGCUGCCUUCCUGGUUCAUGGCGAUGAAGGCAGAACAUUGAAAAAAGGUGGCAUCAUGGUCACCUCUCUGCAAUCUUGUUUGGGUUGUGGCUUUGAUGAGAAGCGAGUUUGUGGACAGAAAGAUGAUUCGUCCAAGCUACGUGUGAACUUUGCUGGGCAUUCCUUCACCACGAGGUUUGUUGUGAGCACCAUUCCCCGAACAAGCUAUGAGACUGACGCAGAUGUCUUCAGUGCUGCCACAGAUCACGUGGCCAAAUCUUUGGAUAAGUGUCUGAAGCAAGGCUAUGUGGAUCAGUCCAGGGGCGGCGAAAAAUUCAGGAUUGCUAUCUUGGGCAUCAAGGGGGACGCGCCUUUCUUGUCAAAGGUUGGUAAUUUUUAUCGAUCUUACAAUACAACUGCAAAGCGAGGAGAACAGAGAGGAGCGCCGAAAGGUGUAUGCCCAUACUGCCUGGCAGGAACAGACCUAUUUCCAGCAGAAGAGAUUGCGACCUGCACUCCCCAGUGGCGAACAACGGUUGGAGUAAAACCACCUUGGGUUAGUGUUCCAGCAUUUGUCCGCCGACUGCCUCACAACCCAUCAGACCCUGCAUCAUUUUUCAAAAGUGACAUUUGGCAUGUGGUGCAUUUGGGCUUUGGGAGAAGUUGGGUUGCCAGUGUCCUCCAGCUUGUCCUUCCGUUUUUGCCACAACGGAACCUUGAUGAAAAAUGGUCCUACUUGACUGAUGAAUACUUGGCAUGGUGCAAAAACAAUUCGAAACAGGCACACAUCAGCAAGAUAACAGCUUACCUGAUGAGCUAUGGUGAGGCGUCUGGUGCCAUGGGAAAUUGGCAUAAAGGAGCUCUAACGAGCAAUUUUUUUAGAUGGAUGGUGGAAUUUUUGGGAAAAGUGCCUCCAGAUGGCAAUGGAUGGGUGAAAAUGUGCCGCGAGGCCACCUACAGAAUGAACUCAAUGUUUGGUGUGCUUUACAGAGCGGGUGCCUUCUUGAGCCGCAAUGAGGCAUCAUUUGUCAGUUCGCAAGGUUUGGAAUUUUUGAGAACCUACGCAAAGAUGGCCUCCGACAUGUUCAAUGACGGACGGCAAUGGUUGUUUCCGUUGUAUCCGAAGCUUCACAUCUUCCACCAUGUGGUCCUGGAGGUAAUGUUUACAGCUGAGUCUUGUGGCACUUGCUGCAGCCCAAUGAUGUUUGGCUGCCAAAUGGAUGAGGACACCGUUGGCAGGACAUCAAGGUUGUCCCGUCGUGUUAACAUUCGCGUAGUAAGUGCCCGCACCCUUGAUCGAUAUCUUGUUUCUGCUUACUCCGCCUUCUCAAAGGCUGGCCUUCUCGGAUGA